CCUGUUACACUCCGUCAUUUCCUUAACAACCAAGCGGCUCCGUUGCUAAGGAGAACACCUGCUGCCUGUUUACCGACGCUUCAGCACCAGCGACUACUGACCUUUUAGGCCUAGUUAUCCCAAAAGUACCGGAUUUUUGUAACACGUAUUUUGUAUUUUUAACAACUGAAACGGCACCGCCAUGGCGAACGCCCACCGGACAAACGUUAUGGUCACGUCGUGUUUGAAAACGCCGGUUGACCCGCACACCAAAGCGCCGUUAGCGUCUUACGAGCGGGAGAGAGUGCUGCCGUGCUCGGCUACAAGUCUCAUGGACAACCGGGACUACGAGAAGGAGCUGGAGUAUGAGGACUCGGGCUCUGAUUUCUGUGACGAGGACUAUUUGGGGAAGGGCGGUCCUCUCAUGAUGACCGACUUCAGAGCGGCAGGAGACCGCCUCGACCUGAGCGAAAUCUUCUUCUCCAACGAGGAGUACUACAGCAAGCUGGAGGAGCUGAAGAAGGCGCACCUGCGCACCAUGGCUGAGCUGGAGAGCAUGUAUCGGAGGAAGCUGCAGCUCCGGGCCAUGGAGCCUCUGGACAUGACGAUGCUGGAGACAGGAAGGCACAGACUACCGUGGUCGAACAGCAGCCCAGCGGCUUCACGCCGUUUGAGGAAGUCGCACUCCGCUGUUGAACUCAGGAGGUGCUCAGACUCUUCAGACGAAGACGAAGCUGCCUGUAACAAUGGGGAGAAAGGCCUGCCUUUCUGUCCUGAAGAACACAUCAAGAACAUGUGGCAGGACUUUAAGGUCUCCCUUCACAACCCCCACCUGUCGUCCUCCUCGAUGCACAGCCUGCCGACCGACCAGCGGAGACCGCGAAAGGGAAAAGGGAAGAGGAGACAGGGGCAAAAAGACGGAGAGCACUGGAAACACAGAAUGACCGUCCCGAAACCUUUCCAGAUGAUGCUGCGCGAGUCCGAUAGGCAAAGGAGCGGCAUGAAGACGCGCUCAGAGAUCGAGCAGGAGAACGCAGAGCUGCGAAAGCAGCUGGAAGAACUGAAAGAGUGUCAGAAGAAGUUCCGCGCCAACCCCGCGCCGGCCCACGUCCACCUCCCGCUUUACGAGGAGCUGCAGGAGCGCGGCGAGAGACGACGGCGGAUGAAAGAACGAGAAGAUCCGCAUCCUCAAACCGUCCAGAAGCCCUUCAGCUUCCUGGAGAGGGAGCGCAAAAAGAAGGAGCAGAAACAGCUGCAUCAGCCACAGCCGUCCGACCAAGAGAAAGUCAAACCCUUCAAGGCCAAGCCCGUGCCCAAGGCAGUGUACGCCGCGGCGUCCGGCGAACAGAUGAAGGAGGAGCAGCUCUAUCGGUCCAUCAAGAUCCAGAUGAGAGCUCAGGAGAUGCUCCACAGCGCCUCGAUGCCUCCCAGCAUGCUGGAACGACGGCUCAGCGACCGCAAGAAGACCAAAGACGGCGCCGGCGCCGCCGCGGCCGCGGGGGACGACAGCUUCUCCCACAGGCCCCACAUUAACAAGGAGGUGCCCGACUUCGACGCCAGUUAUCGACGCUUCCAGAAACACCUGGAGAAACAGAAAGAGGUGAAGCCCACAACGGCGUGCGAACCCUUCGAGCUGAGGACGUCACAGAUCACGUCGCACCGCGAACGCAUCCUGGCCGACAUCGAGAAGGAGCAGAGCAGCCCUCGGAUGAGCCGCUGGCCGUACAUCAGCCCGGCCGGGACGCCUCGUACGCCAAACUCGAGUCAGUGUUCGUCCCUCUCCGGCAGCCUGGAGUUUCUGCCCACCAAAGUCACGGACGCCACCAAAAAGAGGCACGAGGCCGUGAGAAAGGUGCUGGAGCAGAGGAGGAAGGCCGAGGAGGAGGAGGAGCGCUGGAGGGAGAAGCAGAAGCAGCGGGAGAAGAAGCUGCAGGGGGUGGUGGUGAAACGUGCCCAGGCCAACGACCCCCACCUGGCUCUCUCACAGACGCACCCGACCAAACUCAAAGAAUUCAGGAAACAAGAGCUUCAGCGCAAGAAGGAGUACAAGCAGGAGAUUAAAGAGAUGAAGCGGAGGGUGAAGGGGAGGCCGCUGCUCUUGGAGCAGGUUGCACAGAUGAAUGCCAAACAGGCAGCGGAGAAGCGCUACACAGACGCCCUGCAUGGAUGUGAUCUGACUGAAGAGUUUAUCAGCAGCAGGGCCGUUAAAUCAGGCUCUGCAGGCAAAGCCUCCCCGUCCACUGACAGCAAACACAGCGACCGAGAGGAGCCAGACAUGGGAUACAAGCCCGUCCACUACAGAAGGGUCUUCCUGGACGAUGAAGACGCAGAAGCUGAUCCAGACGAAACGGAAGGAGCGAGCGACAAGACUUCACCGAACCACCGUGACGGCGAGGACGCCGGCGGUCACCACUCGGAGCGGGAUUCUCGUAGAGAUGAUGAUGAUGAUGAUGAUGAUGACCACGAUUCAGAUGAAAGUUACCGCUACUCAGACGAUCAUGAGACUUAUUCAGACGACAGCGAGCACGACGCCGACACCACACAGCAGGAAGCGGGGAAGUGAUAUGUUCAAAAACUCUGAUAGAAAGCCCAUCGAGUGCAGAGGAGGCUUCUUAUUCCUGGAAUGAUAAGAUGUGAUAUUUUAUUGUAAAUAUCGUGCACAUAAGAAUAGAAAACGUCUUCGAGAACGUGAUCUUUAACCUGA